GUCCAGCAUCCACCAGAAUUUCCCUUCUCCCCCACCACCUCCCCCCCUGACACUGUUCGGUACCAGUCAAUUGGUUAACCAACUUUGCUUCCCCAUCCUCCUCGAGACCUCAGCUCGCACCUAAAACCACCAGCGAUCCGCCCACCUACUACUCGCCCAGCCUGAUCGGAGCAGCGGUCCAUUCAGCCGGCGCGCGCAUGGCCGAUCGGGGCGGCUGCUGAGCGGCGGCGGGAGGAGUGGAGGGAGAUGGCGGGGCUGGCGGGGAGGCCGGGAUCGUGGGGCGGACUAGUGCUGCGAGUGGGACAGGCGGGCUUCGCCGCCGCCUGCGUCGGCGUCAUGAGCUCCUCGCCCGGGUUCGCCAGCUACACCGCCUUCUGCUACUUGAUUGCAUCUAUGGGACUACAAACAUUGUGGAGCUUGGGACUUGCAUGUCUUGAUGGAUAUGCCAUUAAAGCAAAAAAGGAUCUCACCUACCCGAUUCUAGUGAGCUUAUUUGUUGUUGGAGAUUCGGUGACAGCAAUUCUGUCAUUCGCUGCGUCUUGCUCAGCUGGUGGUGUAGUAGUUCUAUUCGAAAGGGACGUGCUUUUCUGCAGAAGGUAUCCCCAACUCCCUUGCGGAAGAUACGAACUCGCCACAGCGUUUGCUUUCCUGUCUUGGGCAUUCAGUGCUACAUCAGCCCUAAUCAUGUUUUGGCUCCUGGCUGCGUCCUGAUUUUGUGUAUAAUCUGGUGUUAGUGAUGUUUAUAGCGUCUCUUUUUUCUGUUCUUCUCUCUUUAUAGCUUUUAUAAAGGAUAAUUUUCCAGACCACAUAUUUAGCAAACCACACAACCCAAAAAUGGAAAUGUUGGGAUGAUGUAAAGUCCAUGGAGUGUGCAUACUAAUUACCAGAAAUUGCUAAUAAAAGCUUUGCAUCAGAUGCUGAUGAGUUAA